UGUUUACAAGUUAACAUUUGUCUGCAUGGAAAUCACAUACAGGGACAGGCACAAUGAGGAAACUACUUAUAAUUACAGUUCUCUCUCUUGUUUGCACCAGUUUGGUCUCAGCCACUCGACUGGUGUGCUAUUACACAAACUGGUCUCAGUACAGGCCUGAGACUGGCAGGUUUGUACCAACCAAUGUAGAUCCAAACUUAUGUACCCACUUGAUCUACGCAUUCGCUGCCAUCAACGAAGCAAAUGAACUAGUCACAGUGGAGUGGAACGACAUUGAUAUGUACAAGCUAUUCAAUGGACUAAAGCAGAGAAGUCAAAAUCUUAAGACAUUAUUGGCAAUUGGAGGUUGGAAUUUCGGAUCAACAAGAUUCACUGCGAUGGUUUCAACACAAGCCAACAGAAAUACUUUCAUCCAGUCUUCCAUUAAGUUUCUGAGGGAUAACGGUUUUGACGGCCUGGAUUUGGACUGGGAAUAUCCUGGAGCAAGGGGGAGUCCUGCGGAAGACAAGCAGAGGUUCACUCUCCUGUGUAAGGAACUUCGUGGAGCUUAUGAAGCGGAGGCAGUAGCCACCGGCCAAUCCAGAUUGCUGCUGUCUGCUGCUGUGUCUGCUGGAAAAGCCACUAUUGAUGCUGGUUAUGAAAUAGCUGAAAUUGCAAAAUACCUGGACUUCAUAAAUGUGAUGACGUAUGAUUUCCAUGGCACCUGGGAGACGGUCACUGGACAUAACAGCCCUUUGUACAAGAGCUCCCAAGACACAGGGGACAAGGUCUAUUUAAAUACAGACUUUGCUAUGACUUACUGGCGAGACCAAGGCACUCCAGUUGAGAAGUUGAAUAUGGGUUUUGCCACAUAUGGACGCUCCUUUCGUUUGGCCUCUCAGUCCAGCCAACUGGGAGCUCCAACCAAUGGUCCUGGGAGUCCUGGCAAAUACACCAGGGAGGCUGGGUUUUGGUCUUAUUAUGAGAUUUGUCCUUUUCUACAAGGAGCCACUGUUGAGAUGAUUCAGGACCAAAAAGUUCCCUAUGCCACAAAAAAAAAUGAGUGGGUUGGAUAUGAUAAUAUAAUCAGUUUUCAAACCAAAGUUCAGUAUUUGAAAGAGAAAGCCUUUGGUGGGGCCUUUGUUUGGUCUUUAGAUUUGGAUGAUUUCUCCGGUCAGUUCUGCGGAGAGGGAAACUAUGCCCUCACCAGCAACCUCCGCUCUCUCUUAAUGUCAGGAACAACAAACCUUGGCCCAACUCCACCUACACCAGGAAAAACCCUUACCUCUGCCAGACCUCCAGUCAGACUUACCUUCGCGCCGCCCACUGGGAGAGAGGACAAUUUCUGUGCCAACAAAAACAAUGGGCUGUACUCUAAACAUGAUGCCCCAGAAUCUUUCUACAACUGUGCCCAUGGAAGAACACAUAUCCAAAACUGUCCAGCUACUUUAAUAUUUAAGGACAGCUGCAAGUGCUGUGAUUAUAGACCGUUAUAAUCAGAAACAUAUUACGAAACACUUAAUGAAUUAAAGUAUUAAAACAAUGUACCAAAUAUGUCAUGUUUUAAAAGUUAAAAAGUAAAAAAAAAAAAAAGACAGAGAGAAUGUAUGGGAAGUAAUAGAGACAACUAAAGACAGAAUUAUAGUUCUGUGUUGACUCAACGCACACUGUCGCCCUAGCCUUGUGUCCGUCAUUUUUGAUUUAUGAAUCUGCGUCGAGGUCUAUGUUCCAUGAAGUAAUUCACCACCACAACACUUGGAGGCUAGGAUUUAAAAAUGGCGUUUGUGUUUACAAAAUUAAGCGGAAGUUCCGGAAAU